CGAAGAACACACUCUGUCCCUCACAGGAAAGAAAGAAAAAAGGAAUUCUAGAGAGAGAAAGGAAUCUAGAGAGAGAGAGGCCCUGAAUUGAGGUCGAGCCAGUAUAGUUGGUGUUCUGGAACGGUGUUCUUGUUAAUCCUGAACGGGAUAACGGGGCCUACAACCAAAAAAAAUCGAGAAAAGUUUUACUGUUUGGAUUGGAUUGGAUCACUUCCUCAUUCCGCCGGGAGAAUUGCGGGAGCUGGGUUUGAUUUUCGACCCGAAUUCUUCAUUGUGUGUGUGUAUCUCACAGCUGAAUUUUGAUUGUAGAUACGAAGACUGACGAGAAUUCCCCCGGAAACUGAAACUUUCGCCGGAAAAAGUCGCCGAGCUGUAAAAAAAGUUCGUGAAUGCGCCUCCCAUCAUCGGCGGGAGGCGGAUCUAAACGUCAGCUGAAGAAUUUAAAUUUCUGAAUUGUCGAAUUCCGCUGCAUCCAUCGGAAAUUCAGUUGAAUUUCGGAAAAUCGCGAAGAAGGAGAGUGGAUGGAGUUGCCUCAACCUAGAGCUUUCGGAACUGACGGCAGAAAGACGACGCAUGACUUUCUUUCACUAUAUGCACCCGCGGAACAAGAUCCAAGACCCCGCCAAGCAGGGGGAUACCUCAGAACUCAUGACUUCUUGCAACCACUAGAACAAGCAGAGGGAACUGUUGGGAAGGAAGAAAGCAAGGUUGAAGUGACAAUUGCUGAAAAGCCUCCACCUCCUCCUUCCAUGGAGCACAACCUACCUGGUGGGAUUGGGACCUAUAGCAUUUCUUAUUUGCAAAGGGUUCCAAAGCCAGAAGGGAGCAUAUUUACUAUGGCACAGCCAAGUAGUACUGACAGAAACGACGAAAACUCAAACUGCAGUUCUUACUCGGGGAGUGGAUUCACUCUGUGGGAUGAAACUGCAGUGAAGAAGGGAAAGACAGGGAAGGAGAAUAGUUCUGGGGAGAGACAUGUUCUAAGAGAAACAGGAGUAAACACAGGAGGACAGAGGCCCGUGGCGAUGGAAUGGCCAUCACAGUCAUCCUCCAACCUUAAGCAUAGCACUGCAGCCUUCAGUUCUUUCUCAUCCUCUCAACAAUUGGCCGCUCAGAACAAUCAGAGCUUCCUAAAUAUGAUAACAUCAGCUAAAAGUGCACAAGAAGAGGAUGAAGAUGAAGAUGAGGAAGAAUUUGUCAUCAAGAAAGAGCCAUCACCUCACCCAAAAGGAAACCUGUCAGUAAAAACCGUUGGAAAAAGCAAUGAUCAGAAGCCUAAUACUCCACGCUCUAAGCACUCAGCAACAGAGCAGCGUAGAAGGAGCAAGAUCAAUGACAGAUUUCAGAUGCUGAGAGAUAUCAUCCCACACAGUGACCAAAAGAGAGACAAAGCAUCAUUCUUACUAGAGGUUAUCGAGUACAUUCAAUUCCUACAAGAGAAAGUGCAGAAGCAUGAGGGAUCAUACCAAAGCUGGGAACAUGAACCAACAAAGCUUCCAUGGAACAAUUGCCAAAGGGGUGCUCAAGGCUUUAUUGAUCAUUCGCAAGGGACGAAUAAUGCAUCUGAUCCAGCACUCAUAUUUGCAUCAAAAUUUGCUGAUAGCAAACCUGGGAUUUCUCGAACAAUUCCUGUAAACGGACAGAAAGCAGAACCAGACAUGAGCACUGCUUUGAUAAAAGAUGGUGGUCAUCAGCAGCCCAUGCCUCUGCCAUUUGAUCCAAACAUAUUCCCUCUUUGUGGGACAAGAAACAUAGCAUCACAACCUCUGCCAAAACUAGUGUCUGGUAAAGACAAAUCAACAUCACAGCAUCAACCUCAAUUUCCUCAGAGUAGAUCAAACACAUCCAAUUACACUGUUGCAAGCAAUGAGCCAAAAGACCAGGACCCAACUAUAGAAAGUGGUACAAUCAGCAUUUCAAGCAUCUAUUCACAAGGGUUGUUAAGUACUCUCACAACCGCACUUCAGAGUUCUGGUGUAGAUCUUUCGCAAGCCAGCAUCUCAGUACACAUUGACCUUGGGAAGAGAGCAAAUGGUAGAUUAAAUUCUUCAGCUUCCACAAUCAAGGGAGACGAUGUUUCCACGAGCAAUCAACCAAUUCCACAUUCCUUAGUCACAAGCGCGGGGGAGGAAUCCAGCCAAGCCUUGAAAAGGAUAAAAACCAGCUGAAGCUAAGCUGACAACAAAUAGAAGCAUUCAUUCUGUAAUUGAUUUAUUCAUUUUUUUGGGUCUACCACUUUUCCUUCAUAAGGAUUAUUCAAGAAAUACUGGUAAUAUAUAUAUAUAUAUAUAAAUCUACCCAAACAACAUCACGAACCCACUGUACAUGUAAUUUAUUUCUUUCUUCAUCAUUUUUAUCUUUAGAUUGUUGGGCUGCACAGGUUGUCCCUAACAAGUGUGAUAUUCCUUGAAUUAUUAUUACUGUCCUGCCUGUAUUCCUACUGAAACUGAUGUUCAGAAGCCGCAGUUUUAGCUUAAGGCUUUUACUAUAUACAUUCCCUGUUGAGUUUCAAACAA